ACUGAGAGAGCGUGUGUAGAAGCAGUAGCAGAAGAACAACAACACCAGAGUGAAAAUGGGUGAAGAGAGAGAAGAUCCACAGAAACUGAAGCGAAUAGCGGCGGAUUCAUACGACUACGACAACGAUUCUCGAUGGCCAGAUUAUUGGAACAACGUUCUCAUCCCUCCCCACAUGACCUCUCGCUCCGACGUCGUUUCGCACUUCAGGCGCAAGUUCUACCAGCGCUACGUUGAUCCUGAUCUUGUGGUGGAACCAAUGUCUGUUGGAAGUUCAUCCCAGCCAGCACGGCCAUCGGCAACAUCUUCGUCGCCACCCCCAACAAAUAAUCAAGCACGCCCUAGAAGCUCUGGAUCAACUAAUAGAAAUUCAGGGACAUCUGCAACUGCAGGUCCUAGUCCUACUCCUUUGCGAUGGGAUCGACAGACGAUUCUAUUUUCUGUUAAUGCUUGGGUGUUUGUUGUGGGUUUCCUUGCAGCCAUUCCACUGGUACCGAAGCAUCUUUCUCAUAGAGCUUAUCGGCUUUCUUUCAUGGGCACUACUUGCUCCUCUCUGUAUGCAUUGUACUCGCAAUAUGGGAAGCCAAGGGCAUGGAAUUUGCAGGCCUUGCAAGUUUACUUUCAGACAAUAAUUGCUUCAAAGGAUUUCAUAUACUUCAUCUACUGCCUUACAUUUGUAACGUCACAUCUUUGCCUUAAAUUUGCUUUGAUCCCUGUCCUAUGCUUGGCAUUUGAACAUGUUGCCAAGUUCCUUAGACGUAAUUUCAGUCGCUCUACCUUGUACAGGAAGUACCUGGAAGAGCCUUGUGUUUGGGUGGAGUCAAACAGUACUACCCUCAACAUACUGACAUCACACGCUGAGAUCGGUCUUGGAUUCCUGCUGAUCAUCUCACUGUUCUCGUGGCAGCGCAACAUAAUACAAACGUUUAUGUACUGGCAGCUAUUGAAGCUCAUGUAUCAUGUUCCUGUUACUGCGGCUUACCAUCAGAGUGUUUGGGCUCAAAUUGGGAGGACGAUUAAUCCAUACAUUCAACGCCAUGCGCCAUUCUUGAAAACUCCUAUUUCUGCUGUUCAAAGGUGGUGGCUGAGGUAGAAGCUUGGCUAAAAUGAUUUCGUAUGAACGCCUAGUAGACAAUUUUUGUUUUUAACUUCAAAUACAGAUUGAUUUCACAUGAACGAUCAAGUGGCCAGUUGGUCAUAUUACAAAGAACUGAAGUAGAUUUUGGUUGAAUAAUGAUCUAACCAUGAAUUUCAGUAUGCUUGAGUAUUGUGUUUAUAUGCACUUUAUCAUUUUGGUUGAAUAAUGAUCUAACCAUGUAUUUCGUAACUGAUUAUUUGUGAGAAUUUAUCAUUUCUUUUUAAAAAAAUUU